AACAAUUAAUAAUUCAUAAUACGAUGAGUAAUAACGUGGAAAACACAUGCGAACCCGCGGAGAAUGUGGUCACGAUCGGUAUGCACGUGAUAAUUAAGAAGCACGACUACAGCAAGAUAUACAAAGUAUCUGAAAACGGUGUUCUGAUGUUGGGAAAGGACAAGGUGGAGAUGCGCGAGAUCGUCGGCAAACCGUUUUACAGCUCCUUCGAGAUGGUACCGUUGCCGGGUUGCAAAAGGACCUUUUCGCUGAAACUGGCGCUUGGAACGGAAUCGUGGAACGAUCUGAAGGGCGAACUCAGCGGUCAGGACAAUCGUUCCAUCACGGACGACAGCACGUCUCAGAAAUUGUCAAAGGACGAAAUUCUGCAGCUGCAAGAGUCCGGCAAGACCGGCAAAGAAAUACUCGGCAGUCUCAUAGAAAACAGCACGUCUUUCGCCGCCAAAACGGAGUACUCGCAGGAGAAAUAUAUAAGGAAGAAGGAGCGCAAAUAUUGCAAGAUCCUGACGGUGCACAAGCCUACCAUAUCGUCUUUGCACGAGGUGCACUACCGACAGAAUCACGAAAAAAUUGGAGGACUGAGAAUGGACGCCUUGGCGCAGAUCUUGUCCUUCAGUGACGUGCAAGCGGACGGUCUGCAUUUGCUAUAUGACAGCGGAUCUCAAGGAUUACCCGCAGCGGCUAUGUUGAACAGAAUAGGUGAAAACACCAGUGGUUACUUGAUCAAUUUGCAUCCUGGCAAUAUGUCUCAAACCGCAAUUGUUCAGGCCAUGAACUUUCCGCAGGAAUUAAGAGAUAGGCAUAUUGCAGUGAAUGUUUACAGUUUCUUGAGACUGCAUUAUCAAGGUGAAUCGAGUAUAUUAGAAAAUAUAUGCAAAAAAACUAGCAGUGUUAUAACAAAAUCGGACAAGGAGAAAACGGAAGGAGAAAAGCUAGUGAAAGAAUCUAAAAAUGGCGAGGUAUCAGAGAUCAGUUCUGAAACUUUGAAGCUCGAAAGCACAGAAGAAAAUUGUACACUUCCUGAAAAUGAUAUACAAGAAGAUAAUGUUUUAAAACGUAAACUUGACGAACCUGAAGAAUCCGGGGAAAGUCCACCAAUAAAAAAACCAAAAUGGUUUUUAGAAACGAAACAUGCUCUGGAUUUGUUAAGCGAAUCAAAAGCUCGCGGUUUAACUAUUAUAGCGAAAGAACAUCCGUCAAAUAUCGCAGUCGCAUUGCUGCCCUUCCUGGGACUCUCACGGCCGUUUGUCAUUUUUCACACGUAUCGGGAGGCUUUGCAACAGACUUACAUGGAACUCAAAGAAAAAUACAAUGUGAUAAACGUGCGACUAUUCACGAAUUUUUUACGCUCGUAUCAAGUAUUACCCGACAGGACACAUCCCGAUAUACUGAUGACCGAUACGGGUGGCUAUAUCUUGACAGGAUAUUUAGUUGAAUAGAAACAAAGUUUUAAAUCUUUUA